CCUUUCUUCCUCUCAUUUUCCUUCCCUCUGUCUUCUCUUCCACUGCUCCAAUACUUCAAUUGCAAUUGAAGCAUCAAUUGGCCUCUAUUCUCUUACCCAAAGUAUAACUACCGGCGGGGUCAAUCAGGAUGGCAGACACAACACCCGUUCUCCCCAAAGACUUCCUCUGGGGCUUCGCAACAGCAAGUUACCAAAUCGAAGGCGCCCCCACCGCCGACGGUCGUGGUCCCUCCAUCUGGGACACCUUCUGCGCGCGCCCCGGGAAAAUUGCAGACGGUUCCUCGGGAGCCGUAGCCUGCGACUCGUACAACCGCACCUCCGAAGACAUCGCCCUUUUGAAACUCACCGGGGCGAAAGCCUACCGCUUCUCCAUUUCGUGGAGUCGGAUCAUCCCUUUGGGAGGCCGCAACGACCCGAUCAACCCUGCCGGCAUAGCUUUCUACAAGAAGUUCGUAGAUGAUUUGCUUGCAGAGGGGAUAAUUCCAUUCGUGACGCUCUUUCAUUGGGAUUUACCGGAUGAGUUGGAUAAACGGUAUGGAGGGCCGCUGAACAAGGAAGAGUUUUGUGCGGAUUUUGGACACUAUGCUAGGACCCUGUUUGAAGCAAUCCCAAAGGUGAAGCAUUGGAUUACGUUUAAUGAGCCGUGGUGCAGUGCCAUUUUGGGGUAUAAUACGGGCUUGUUUGCACCAGGGCAUACAAGCGAUAGGAGCAAGAGUGAGGUGGGUGAUAGUUCGACUGAGUGUUGGAUUGUAGGGCAUAGUUUGCUGCUUGCUCAUGGCACGGCGGUGAAGAUUUAUAGGGAGGAGUUUAAAGAGAAGGCAGGCGGUGAAAUUGGGAUUACUCUGAAUGGAGAUGCAGUAUACCCCUGGGACCCAGAAGACCCCCUCGACGUCGAAGCCGCAGAGCGCAAACUCGAGUUCUCCAUCUCUUGGUUCGCAGACCCCGUCUACUUCGGACACUACCCCGAAUCCAUGGUGAAGCAACUCGGCGCCCGCCUCCCAACCUUCACCCCCGAAGAAGCCGCCCUCGUCAAAGGCAGCAACGAUUUCUACGGCAUGAACCACUACACCGCCAACUACAUCAAACACAAAACCACCACCCCCGACCCCUUCGACUUUCUCGGCAACCUAGAAACCCUCUUCAUCUCGAAAUCCGGCGCCUGCAUCGGUCCAGAAACGCAAUCAUUCUGGCUACGUCCCAACCCCCAAGGCUUCCGGGAUCUCUUAAACUGGCUCUCAAAACGCUACAACCACCCGAAAAUCUACUGCACCGAAAACGGCACCUCGCUCAAAGGCGAGAAUGAUCUGCCGCUUGAGAAGAUUCUCGAAGACGACUUUAGGGUUGAGUAUUUCAGGGGAUAUAUUGACGCGUUAGGUAAGGCUGUUGCGGAAGACGGUGUCAAUGUUAGGGCUUAUCUGGCAUGGAGUCUGAUGGAUAACUUCGAGUGGGCUGAAGGCUAUGAGACGCGGUUUGGGGUCACGUUUGUCGAUUAUGAGGGUGGGCAGAAGAGGUUCCCGAAGAAGAGCGCGAAGAGUGUGGGGCCCAUGUUUGAGGCGUUGAUUAAGAAGGAGUAGGUGAUGCCAGAGGAGGGGAUGGGGUUGGGCGUGUUUCACUGUUCAAAAGGGGAAUUGCAAAUUAGUUGAAUAGAUCUUUUUGGUACAAGUAGAGCAUCAGCUGCGAUUUUAAGCUGUGCGUGACUGCAGUACAGCACAUCUAUUAUCUAUCGUCUAUGUUU